AUGCUUUCCGGAAUCCUAGUCUUCAAUCAAAAGGGUGAAAAUCUCAUCUUCCGCGCUUUUCGCAAUGACUGCCGCCCUCGCCUCGCCGACAUCUUCCGCAUCCAAGUCAUCUCCAACCCCCAGGUGCGCUCGCCCAUUCUGACGCUGGGAUCGACGACGUUCAGCCAUGUGAAGCACGAGAAUAUCUAUAUUGUGGCAGUGACCAAAAGCAAUGCCAAUGCGGCGUUGGUGUUUGAGUUCCUAUACCGGCUGGUGAUGCUGGGGAAGAGCUAUUUUGGGAAAUUCGACGAGGAGGCCGUGAAGAAUAACUUUGUCCUGAUCUAUGAAUUGCUGGACGCAGCAGAAAUCCUCGACUUCGGAUACCCGCAGAACACCGACUCGGACACGCUGAAGAUGUACAUCACGACGGAAGGGGUCAAGUCCGCAAUCGCCAACUCACCGACGGACUCGAGCCGAAUCACAAUGCAAGCGACCGGGGCGCUCUCCUGGCGCCGCGCAGACGUCAAAUACCGCAAGAAUGAGGCGUUUGUGGACGUCAUCGAGGACGUGAACCUGCUCAUGUCGGCGACUGGCACCGUCCUGCGCGCCGACGUGACGGGCCAGAUUGUCAUGCGCGCCUACCUGUCGGGCACGCCCGAGUGCAAGUUCGGCCUUAACGACCGGCUCCUCCUCGACGGCGACUCGGCCACCGCUGCCGGCUUCUCCUCCCCCUCGGCCGGCGGCCGCUCCGGCAGCAAGGCAACCCGCGCCGCCGCCGGCUCCGUCACCCUCGAGGACUGCCAGUUCCACCAAUGCGUGAAGCUAGGCCGCUUUGACGCGGACCGGAUCAUCUCGUUCGUGCCGCCGGACGGCGAGUUCGAGCUGAUGCGCUACCGCGCCACGGAGAACGUCAACCUGCCCUUCAAGGUGCACCCGAUCGUGCGCGAGGUCGGCACCACCAAGGUCGAGUACAGCGUCGCCAUCAAGGCGAACUACAGCUCCAAGCUGUUCGCGACUAACGUCGUCGUCCGCAUCCCCACGCCGCUCAACACGGCCAAAAUCACCGAGCGCACCAGCCAGGGCCGCGCAAAGUACGAGCCCGAGCAAAACAAUAUCGUGUGGAAGAUCGCGCGCUUCUCCGGCGGCAGCGAGUAUGUGCUCACGGCCGAGGCGACGCUCACUAGCAUGACGCACCAGAAGACAUGGAGCCGCCCGCCGCUGAGUCUGUCGUUUAGCCUGCUCAUGUUCACGAGCAGUGGGUUGCUCGUGCGGUACCUCAAAGUGUUUGAGAAGAGUAACUACAGCAGCGUCAAGUGGGUGCGGUAUAUGACGCGCGCGGGCAGUUAUGAGAUUCGGUACGCCCUCAUUUUUUUCCUUUUAUUGAUGACUCGAUGCUAA